UUUGUUGUAAGCUCUCUCUAUUUAAGUUGCACUCAGCUCAACGUGAUCAAUAACACAAAUAACAUUGAUCUCUGAAACCCUUUAACCUUAAACCAAUUUAAAAUAGUUGGGAUAAAUGCUAGACCUUAAACCAAUUUAAAAUAGUUGGGAUAAAUAUAAAUUCUCGUAAUUAUCUGAUGUUAUAUUUAUUCAGAAACAACUUGAGAUUUAGUUUCCUUUUUUUUUUUUCUUUCCUAGUUGGAUUGGGAUUGGGAUAUGUUGUGUAUAAAUAAAGGAUAUUUGGACUCCCCUCUCUUCAUCAUUCAGAUUUAGAGACAAAGACAUAAUAUGGACUUGCUACCCUACGAUGUUGUGGAGCAUAUUCUGGAGAGACUUGAUGUGAAAUCCUUGCUCAACUGCAAGUCCGUAUCGAAGCAAUGGAGAUCUACAAUCCGAUGCCGUGCUUUCCAAGAAAGACAACUGAUGCAUCGUAGGCAAUCAUGUAAUCCAGAUGUCCUUUUGGUAUCCGUAGCUGAUGAAUUUUAUCUUCUUAAAAGAGUGCAUCAAGUUAUGAGAACGUUGGUACUGGGUUCAUCAGUUUCUGUUAGGAUCCUUACUCCUUGGGAAGACACAUUGUACAAAGUUUGCCAGAGUAGCUGUGACGGCCUGAUAUGCCUCUACAAUACCUAUGCUUCGAAUAUUGUUGUUAAUCCCACCACUCGAUGGCAUCGAGAAUUCCCUCUUUCUACCUUUCAACGACUCGAUCGUUAUGAACACCAGGUCGGUUCAGUAUCAUGGGCUAAGCUUGGAUUCGGUAAAGACAAAAUCAAUGGCACAUACAAGCCAGUUUGGUUAUAUAAUUCUGCUGAAUUAGGCGGCCUUAACGAUGACGACGAGGACUACGACGACGAAGACAAAAACAACAUUAGUAUGAUUUGUCAAGGCAACAACAACACUAGUACUUUUUGUGAAGUUUUUGAUUUUACCACCAAGGCUUGGAGGUUUGUUGUCCCGGCGUCCCCCUACCGGAUACUUCCUUACCAAGAUCCUGUAUAUGUAGAUGGGUCACUUCAUUGGCUCACUGAGGGUGAAACCACCAAUGUUUUGUCUUUCGAUCUUCAUGCCGAAACUUUCCAAGUCGUGUCUAAAGCUCCCUUUCUCCACCACCACGACUACUCUAGUAGAGAGUUGAUCAUGUGCAACCUUGAUGAUCGUUUGUGCGUAUCAGAAAAAAUGUGGCCCAACCAAGUGAUAUGGUCGUUGGAUUCAGAUCACAAGACAUGGAAGGAAAUAUAUUCCAUAGAUCUCAAUAUAACUUCUUCUUUGUUUGGGAGUAAUGGAUUCGCACUCAGACCACUAGGAGUUUUUGACAAAGACAAGUUGUUGUUUUGUGAACCUGAAUACGGGGAUCAAUUGCUAACACAUGAUCCCAAAACAAAAUCUUAUGAAUUUGAUUACAGAUUUUUUUCCCCUACUACUGCACUCCCUCUUUGUUAUUUCCAGAGUUUAAUCUCUAUUUUGUAAUGCUUUUUAGUUUUCCAAAACAUUGUAAUUUCAAAGUUUUAAUAAUCUCAAUUGGUUCACCUCCUACUAAUUAUGCAUGCUAGAGAUGUUUAAUUGUUUACGUAAAUUUCAUCUUUCUUAUAUAUGGUGUUGUU